AUGGCGCCAUCACACCAAUUUACACGCAUCCCAACAUCAGAUGAAGCGGCAGCAUCGCCUGACCCAAGUAACCACGACGAGAUCCUCGAUGGUCUGUUGUCCAAAGUCGGCUAUGGCACCUUUCAACGCAAGCUAUUGGUCAUGUGCGGUUUUGGAUGGCUCGCAGAUAAUAUGUGGUUACAGACUGUAGCCAUCAUUCUUCCAAGAGUGCAAGAUCACUUUGAUGUAUCCGACCGAUGGAUUGGGAGCUUGUCAAGUGCAUUGUUCACUGGUAUGACGUUUGGUUCCUUCUUUUGGGGCUCCUUUUCAGAUACACGAGGCCGUAAGAUCCCAUUCACUAUGACGCUUGCCAUCACAACCGUUUUUGGCUUGUUAUCCAGUCUCGCAUUCAGCUUUUGGAGCUUGUGUUUGAUGCUCUUCUUUCUUGGAUUUGGUGUGGGUGGCAAUAUGCCUACUGAUGGUGCACUCUAUCUCGAGUUCCUGCCAAAGCAAUACCACUAUUUGCUUACCUUUAUGUCGGUGUUCUUUUCAUUCGGUGCUGUAUUAGCAUCGGUUCUCGGAUAUGUCAUCCUCCCUUAUACCAGCUGCCCAGAGCCAACACCAGAGGAUCCCACACCAACCUGUGACCUGGCAACACAAAACACAGGAUGGCGUAUCAUGCUUGCCAGCGCCGCUCUCACAACUUUGUUUAUGGUGCUCGUACGAUCAUUUUGGUUGAAGCUGCCAGAGACACCCAAAUUCCUCAUGCAUCAAGAUAGGCGGAAAGAAACCGUGAUUGUGCUUCAAGACAUUGCACGUGUCAAUGGUCAAUGCGUCGAGAUUGACAGCACCGAUAUCCCCGAAGAAGAGCGUAGUGAUGAAAUGAUGCCACCUAUGGAAGAUAUCACAACAACAGAGGAUACCAGAAGUGCACUUGCCUUGCUCUUUACACCCUAUUGGCGCCGAACCACCUUGUUGAUUUGGGGCAUUUGGACAUUUACUUCUGUUGCUUUCACCAUGUUCAAUGUCUUUUUGCCAAAGUAUCUUGAAACGCUUGGAUUCCAAGGCGAAGCAGCACCCACACGCAAGGAUGUGUAUUGGGAUUACAUGGUUUAUUCUCUCGCAGGCGUUCCUGGAUCAGUGCUUGCUUCUUACAUGAUUGAAACUUGGUUGGGUCGCAAGGGUACAAUGGCUGCCUCCUCAUUGGGCUCUUCUAUAUCGCUAUUCUUCUUUUCGAUCAUCAAUUCCCGUGUGACUAUGCUCCUAUCAUCCUCUGCAGUCUCCUUCCUUGCAACACUUCUCUAUGCUGUGAUCUAUGGUUAUACACCCGAGGUGUUUGAUACUACCGUUCGAGGCACUGCUGUUGGCACCGCAUCAGGAUUAGGAAGAAUUGCUGGUAUUGCAAGCCCCAUUGUUUGUGGUUUCUUGUUUACCGUCAGUGCUGUUUUGCCCUUAUACGUCAGCAUUGGCGGGUUUGCGAUUGUCGGCACGUGUGUCUUGUUAUUACCUUAUGAAACUCGAGGCGGCAAUUCCCCAUCAACACCAAGAGAAUCGGUUACGGUAUCGUCAACAACAACCGCUGUUGAAGCAUAG